AUGGAAAGUAGAGGCUAAAUGCAUUAACCAACUCGCAAACAUUCUGAGGAACCGACAUGUGCUAUAUGCGUAGAAAAGAUAGAUUAUUACGGAAUAGGUGAGUGUGGACACAAUAUGGUCUGUUGGAGAUGUAUUAUGAAGCAGAGAAUGAAGAUGGACAAAAAGGAGUGUCCAAUAUGUAAGCAACAAAAUUCAAAGGUAUUGAUUACAAAGUAUAUUCAUGAGACUUUGGCAACCUGCCCUGAUCCUAUUUAUGACAAGGAAUCUGACGUCUACUAUUCAACUCCAGCAGCUAAAGGCGACAUAUUGCUUUAAAUUGGAAACUAUUGCAAACUAUGUUCGACAGAGGAAAUGCGCAGAAAGUUUCCCACUACUAAGUCAUUAUUAGAUCACUAUGAUAAUUAUCACAAAAAAGCUUUGUGUGAAAAGUGUCUUGAGUUUAAGCCAGUCUUAAUGUAUGAGUAGGAGCUCUUUGAGUACAAAUAAUUUCAGCAUCAUAUGAAAAGAGUCCAUCCCAUUUGCUUCUUUUGCAAUUUCCUUCAUUUCUAUGAUCAAGAUAACCUUAAUCGCCACUACUUGAAAGAUCAUCAUUUUUGCGACAUUUGCAAAAAGCAAGGCAAAAAGAGAAAUAUGGAAAAAAAUAAGUAUACUAAUUUGCCAGAGUAUGAAGUCUAUAAGGACUUUACUGAACUAAGGGAUCAUCAUACAAAGAGACAUUUCACUUGUGAGUUUAAAUAAGAGUAUUGCUUGAAUCUGGUAUUCGAGGAUGGUCCUCAGUUGGCUUCUCAUUACUUCAAUGUACAUGGCAUCAGAAAAGAGGUUAGAGUCGAAUUUGGAUUCUCUGAUGAUGAGGAUGUAGAUGAUAGAUUCUAGCAUGAAGAGGAGAAAAAAGAGAACGCUCAGUUGACUAAGGAUAAUUAUAGAGAAGUUUUCCCUACUUUAACACAGAGUAAAAAGUAGAUCAUGGCUGAAGCUGGGAUUCAAGAGAGAGAACAGUGGCCCUCAUUGAUAUAACAGAUUGUUAAAAAGCCUAACAUUAGUGUGAUGAAGGCAGUGUAGGACAAAUAAUCGCACCUUAUGGAAAGUGCUAGAGUCAAAAAGGAAAAGCAAGAUUAUCAUAAAAUGAUCAGACAGAUUGACAAUGAGGAUCUGAGUUUGGAAUUCAAUGAAGCAGCUAACACGCUUUAAUUCACCUAGAUAGAGGAAGUACCUAAAAUAGUAUCAAACAACACAGGAAAGAAGAAAAUGAAGAAAGUCAUUGUGGUGGAGGAAAGGAAGCAUGAGGAGAUCAAGAAAUCUGACUUCCCAUAACUCAUCUAAGAGGAGAGUAAAAGGCCCUAAACUCAACAGCAGAUUAAUAGAUCUGGAAUUAAUGAUAAUACCUGGAAUGUAGUCUCUGAAAAUAAGAUUGCAGGAAAUACUAACAAGACUAAGCCGAAUAACAACAGCAUAUAACAAUAAACUAGUCAGAACUUUAGUAAGGGCGUUGAUUAGAAAUUCAAGCAGGAAUUUCCUACAUUGCACAAGCAAGAGAAUGGCAAGAAGCCAGUGGUAUAGGAUCCAGGUACGAGUGCAAGAGGAGAUGGAGGCGGCGGGUAUGAUCCAUAGAAUGCUAACGGGGCUGCUGCAGAGGUAAAGAAGAAAAACCGGAAGAAAAAAGACAAGGGCGAGGCUGUGGUUGACUGGACAAAGCUUAACAAGUAGAUUGACUACAAACAACUAUUCUGA